AUGUCGAACACCCCCGAGCUUCCCGAAGGGAGAAUGAGCACUGUUCCACCGAAGCGGCCUGCCACGGCGGGUCCGGACAGAGUCAACAGACCGGACAGAGUCAACAUAGCUGCGAGCCCACUCCCAAUGUCCCACAGUCCUGCACCCAUGAUCGAGCCUUUCGCUCUCCCGAAGCCAGCUCUUCCCUUUCUCCGAGACAUUCCUCAGACCCCCUCCGACCCAAAUCAUUCGAUCCAGCACACAAGCACGCUCUGGCAGUACUAUCUGGACAAGGUGGACCCGAUUUUGAAAAUUAUCGACACAUCAGCCGUUCAACACUUGUUCAUAUCUCAAAUCUCCUUUGCGGACAUUCCCAAGGAUUUACAAAGCUUAAAGUCAGCAGUCUUGUUUGCGGCCGCAUCAAGCAUGCAAAGACCACUAGGCACCGCCUGCCCAAUCGCAGACGCUCUCAUGGAGAAGCACGCUCGAGAGACCGAAGAGUUCCUCGCUGCAUCUCGCUUCAUGGCUCAACCAACGAUCGUGUCUCUUCAGGCGCUGACGAUAUAUCUGGCAUGCGGAAGUCGUAGUCUGGAACAAACUUACAUGCUAUCGUUGACCGCGAUUCUGGUCAGACUCGCGAUGGCGUUGAAGCUUCAUCGCGACCCCGAAAGUCAAGGCCUCCCCUUUUCCGAUUGCGAAUAUCGACGACGGCUGUGGUGGCACAUUUGCACGCUGGACGCGAACACCUCCGAGGACAACAACUCAGAUGCGCUGAUUUACGAACGACAGUGCACUACGAGAGUACCGGAGUGGUCGACGGAUCCGAACUGCCCAGAGUACUUGAAGAACAUGUUCUACAGCGCUGUGCAGGCUGAAAUUACCUACUAUAGCCGCACUGUGCUCUUCUCCGCGCAGUUCAUGGAGGACAAUGGCUAUCCGGUGCUCCCAACCGAAGGCAAGCUCUGUGUGAUCGAGGCAUUAGAGGACACGCUCAAGGAGAAAUACUUCCGACGCUGCGAUCGAAACAUGCCGACUUACAGACUGGCUCUGACUUCGAGCAAAAUCACCAUUGCGAGAAUGAAGAUCGCUAUGCUCUACAAUGAAGAGGAUAUUGAGUCAGCCUUGAAUGACGAAAUAGACUUGAUCCUUCGAGCCUGCGUUGAAGUCAUGGAAGGUCUUCGUAGCUUCAGGAAAGACCCAUCUCUGUCCGUAUGGGCCUGGCUAUGGCAGAGCUACGUGGACUGGGAUGCAGCUGCAAUCGCCCUGACAAUCCUCAAUCGAACCAACUCCUGCUCUUCAGAAAUUCUCUCGAGAGCAGUUUCUGCCACCGAAUCCUUCUUCGACUCCUGGUCGGAAUGCCUCUUCGAACCAUCACGACAGGAGCAAUGGGCGCGUUUGAACCAUCUCCGAAACAAGGCCAAAGUCCCUCAGCCUUACAUGGCCCUGAGCAAGAGAAGCAGUCGCGCUUCCAUGGCUCUGACUCUGCCCAAGACUCCCGUUCAGUUGCAGAUUCACAGCGCACCCAUGGAUACUAGACGUAUGACCCUACCCAACCCCAUCGAGCCCGCCUCAAACGGCACAAGCGAACGGCACAGAAGGAACAGGCUCAGUGGAGACAGUCUUGCACGCAACUGGUCCAUGCCGAUUUGUGCAACUCCCAAGGCUGACGAGAUGCAUUUCGACCUCAAGGCGCUGGAUUUGCAUGACAUAACAGCCAGCGAGUGA